AUGAAACAAUGGCUGUUUAGCUUGUUUGCGCUGACGGUGGUGGCAUCUUCCAUGGCACAGCAGUACCAACAGUUCGUCAACCGAUAUGACAAUUUCAACGCCGACUCCAUCAUACAGAACGAGAGGAUCCUUCUCGCAUAUUACAAAUGCGUCAUGGAGAAGGGCCCUUGCACUAAGGACGGCAAGAAUUUCAAACGAGUUUUACCUGAAACGUUACAAACUGCGUGCGGACGGUGUUCUACCAAACAAAAAGUCGUUGUACGGAAGAUGCUUCUAGGCAUAAGGGCGAAGAGCGAACCACGCUUCCUUGAGCUGCUAGAAAAGUAUGACCCGACACAAGCUAAUCGAGAUGCUCUCUACUCAUUUUUAGUUACGGGGAAUUAG